CGUGUAGCAAAAAGCAAGCAAGUCUGAUCUAUGUGAUCUGAUUCAGCUGGUCAUCUCGUUUCAAGGAUUCGAAAUAUAUUCAGCAAAAAUCUUUUUUUUCCGAAAGGGUGUCUAUGAAACUUGGUCAGGAUGUCUAUAGAAGCAAGCCCAGGUACAGACUUCCAGCUGAGCGAGAAAGAAUUAGAGGAACUGCAGAACAUCAAGAUUCAAACAGGCCUCUCGGACAGUACAGUGGAAAUUAAAGGACCCCAGGAUACUAGUAAUAAACAUGUCGUCAAGAAGAAAUCUUGGAUCGGGCCGCCCAUUCCAAAGGAUAGGGAUGCAAUGGGGAGAUAUGUUCCGCCCACUGGAGGUCGGCCACUCUCUGUACAAGACUACGCUGGUCCGGGACCAGAUCUGUAUACGCCAAACAUUGACGCCGUGGUGAGGCGAGGACCCCUGUUCACACUGGGAGAAAGACUGGAGACAACAAUUCGCAAAAAAACUCCUGCUCCCAACAAGUACAACACAUGCGGAACUUUGGACUGGAAGAAAUGUAAAAGGAUCACAAUAAAAACGAACAAGUACCCGCCAGAUAAUAGCGAUAAAAGACCCAAGUACAAUACUGGUGGGGAAAGAAAAGGCCCAAAAUGGCACAUGGGAACCUUUCGUUCGGAUCCUUCGUUCCAGAAAUCCCCUGGCCCAGGCAGCUAUGACAUUAAGAGCAGCAUUGGCGAAGCCCCCCGAGCCGUCCUCUGCAGCCGUCAUGUUCCAAAAGAGUCAUCUUGCACACCGGGACCCGACCAGUACAACCGUGCAGGAUUUGACCUCUCUGAGCCUGGCUAUACUAUGAAGUACCGCUGGUUCGAACCUGAUAUUGAAAGACCCAACCCCGGUCCCGGGGCAUACGCUGUGUCUGUGGGAGCAGUGAAAGAGAGAGCACCCGCGUACAGCAUCAAGAGGAAGACCAAGCCCACAUACCCCAGCAGCGUCUACGGCAAUUUGACAGUGGAAGCUCCAAGCCCUACACAAUACUCACUACCUCCGACACCCAGGACACAAGGCAAGACUUUCGGAGCACCAAGAACUGAAGCAAGGCUCAGCAAUGAACCCGGACCAGCGGACUAUGACUCACCGGAAGUAGUUUUGCCAAAGGCACCAGCGUACACUAUGGCUGGAAGACCCCGAGAUGCAAAGAAGGAGGGCGCCACAGGACCGGGCCCCGCGGCCUACAACUCGGCCUGCCCCGAGGGUCCCUGUCUACAGUGUGAGUCUGCCGAGGGACCCACCCUCAAGUCACGGCACACACCGCUCCAGUACUCGGGUCUGAGGGACACCGCACAACUCCCGCCCCAGCCCAGGGGGUUCCCGACUGCCCCGCUUUUUGGCUGAUUAGAAUAGACAGGGGAACAACGUUUUGCAAGCUUUCCUUGCUUGUACUUAGCUCUUUGAGCGCGUACCGGACACAUAUCGCCACGUUAGAAUUACAAAAGUUGUAUCUGAUAUUUUUUGCUGUUUUGAGUUACUAAGACAAUGGCGUGUUCUUUAAUUUUCUUGACCAAAAUCGUAAGAUUAUUCCAAGUCGUAUUAAGAUGUUUAAAGAACAGCUUUCGAAAAGGAUUUAGCCUACAUGUUGUGAACCCAAUUUUUUUUUCACAUAAAAGUUCUCCAAACUAGUUACUAAGCAAUUAAAAAACCCCA